CAAGACGAUAUGGACUGAGCCCUCCCCCCCCAAAAAAGUUCAGAAUUGCCUUUUUCAUUAUUUCUUUUUGAAACCAUAAAUGUUCUACAAACGGAGUUCAGGACAAAACUAUUCCCUGGAAGACAGACAUGACGCUUUUCAACGCAGGGAAAGAGGGACGUACAGGUGCCCCCUUCGUGGAUGCCAGCAUGUGGGAAUUGGCCAUGACGGGCUUCAUGUCCAACAGAGGGUGCCAAAACGUGGCCAGCUUUCUCACCAAGGACUUGGGCCUCGACUGGAGGAUGGGAGCCCAGUGCUUUGAGUUGACCAUGAUGUCUGCAGUAACAAUGGCACCUGGCUGUACAGCGCGGGCAUUGGAAAUGAACCCCGAGAGAACAGGAAGUUCAACAUGGUCAAGCAAGGCUUUGACUACGACCGUAACUUACAGGAAAUACGUUCACGUGAGAAGAUUUGAGGAAGUGCUGCAGAGAGAAGAAAACAAAACUACAGCCAGCAAAGCCACACAGUAACGUGGGAAAACUUUGUCACAUUUGACUUUUAAAAUGGGCA